AUGCCCGCGGCGGGUGGGGCUGAGCACUUGAAUAUCAAGGUCACCGAUGGCAACAAUGAAGUCUUCUUCAAGAUCAAGAGGAGCACAAAACUCGAAAAAUUGAUGAGGGCCUUCUGCGAGAGACAGGGCAAAGACAUGAAGACUGCGCGGUUCUUGUUUGAUGGAAACCGAGUCCAAGGGCACGACACGCCUGACACGCUCGAUAUGGCAGACGGAGACUCGAUUGAAGUUCAUCAAGAGCAGAUUGGUGGCUCUGCGUGA